AUGUUAGUAGUGCUACCGGAAUCUCCGUUAAUCAAUGGUUUUCUUCUUGAUUCUUGUUGUUAUUAUGUUGAUGAUCCAAGAGAUGACAAAAUUGAUGAUGAAUCAUUUAUUGUGACAAUUGGUCUUGGCGAUUUUACAUUUUACAAUCUAAUAGUGUUAUUUGUAUUGUCACCAUUGUCGUUGAUGAUUGAUCAAAUUUAUGUGGCAAUUGGUGCUAUAAUUAGUGUACAAAUUGGAUAUAUGGCAAUGAAAUGGACUCCAACCUUUUGGAAUAAAAAUAAGUCUCUACCUGCUCUUCCUUUACCUAUAAUAGCUUAUUCAGCUUAUGCUAUCUUAAUUGAUACAUUUAUGCAAAAUUCCAAUUCAGAUAUUUGUUAA